UCAUACCUGUGGCUUAAGAUGUGAAAACCUGUCAUACGCAGUACCAUGCCUCAACAAGCCACAUUUAUUAGAGGUAGGGACAUCAUUUCUGUUUUCUUUGAGGAGGCAACAUCAUAUUUGACAUCGUGCUGAAUAGGAACAGGCUUCCCUUUCCUCUGCUGAAGCUGAGACAAUCAACCUGACGCACAGACGCGUCUGUCUGGGGAAUUUAUGUCUCUGCCUUUUUUUCACAAAUUGCCUCAUUUCCUCCACCCAAACGGCAACAUGCAAUCUACGGAGUAGAAACGCAGGGGAGUCUUGUAGGAGGAUUCAGGGAACCAGCUUCGCUGUAAAACAUGACAGGUCACGUCUUGGGGGAACCGCGCGGCGGGGCUAACUUGGAUGACAACGCCGCCAUCCACAUCAACGUGGGCGGCUUCAAGAAGCGUCUCCUGUCCGACACUCUCUCUCGGUUCCCCGAAACGAGGCUUGCGCGUCUGCUCCACUGUCAGUCCAAAGAAUCCAUACUGGAGCUGUGCGACGACUACGACGACACAGCUAAGGAGUUUUAUUUCGACAGGAACCCGGCUCUCUUCCCUUACGUGCUCAAUUUCUACAACACGGGGCGGCUGCAUGUCAUGGCCGAGCUGUGCAUCUUCUCCUUCAGCCAGGAGAUAGAGUACUGGGGCAUCAACGAGUUCUUCAUCGACUCCUGCUGCAGCAGCGCCUACCACUGUAAGAAAAUUGUCCAAGAGCGAGAGGACUGGGAGGACCGGAGCGAUGAAGGCAGCACCACCUCAUCUUUUGACGAGCUGUUGGAGUUUUACAACGACGCCACCAAGUUCGACAAGCAGCUGCUCGGGAGCGCACGGAGGCGCAUCUGGUUAAUGCUAGAUAACCCGGGCUACUCUGUGCCCAGCCGCCUCAUCAGCAUCCUCUCUAUCAUUGUGGUGCUUGGCUCCAUAGCCACUAUGUGCAUGAACAGUAUGAGCGAGUUCAGCCUGUUGGACAGCGAGGGGCAGCCCACGGAGGACCCGCGUUUCGAGAUUGUGGAGCACUUUGGCAUCGGCUGGUUCACUUUGGAGCUGGUCGCCAGGUUCGUGGUGGCGCCAGAUCUUCUACAUUUUUUCGAGCACCCAUUAAACGCUAUAGAUUUGGUGUCCAUACUUCCGUUUUACCUGACACUCAUAAUUAACCUGGUGGUGGAGAGCAGCCCGGCGCUCGCCAACCUUGGACGCGUUGCGCAAGUGCUGAGGCUGAUGAGGAUUUUCCGCAUCUUGAAACUGGCCCGUCACUCUACAGGGCUGCGCUCCCUGGGGGCCACCCUCAGGAACAGCUACAAAGAGGUGGGCCUGUUGCUUCUCUACCUGGCAGUCGGAGUUUCGUUUUUCUCUGUCAUGGCUUACACGGUGGAGAAAGAGGACAGCGAGGAUCUCUCUACCAUCCCGGCGUGCUGGUGGUGGGCCACCGUCAGCAUGACCACCGUUGGGUACGGAGACGUGGUACCAGUGUCCAUUGCGGGCAAGCUUACCGCCUCGGCGUGCAUCCUGGCUGGGAUAUUGGUAGUAGUGCUUCCGAUUACGCUUAUUUUCAAUAAAUUCUCCCUGUUCUAUAAGAAACAAAAGCAGCUGGAGAUCGCAAUGAGGAGCUGUGAUUUCGACAAGGGGAUAAAAGAGGUGCCCUCGGUCAACCUACGGAACUAUUAUGCUCACAAAGUGAAAUCCUUGAUGGCGAGCUUGUCAAACAUGAGUCGGAGUUCACCCAGUGAACACAGUCUGAAUGAAUCAAUCCACUGAAACACUUUGCUCAGGGGCGCCCGGUCACGUUGGGUGACACAGCUGCAUGGGGAGCUGUCCGGGGUGCUGAAGCACACCUCCCUUCUGACCGUUUGCCUCUAUGUAGCUCAGUGCAAUAAUGUGUUGAUCUAUAUGUCAGUGACAAUGAGAAUAUAAGCAACUGUACAGGACAGCCUGAAUAUAAUAUCUCACUGUGCAUCGACAUGGUCCCUCACCCAACAAGCCCAAAAUUAAAACUGUUUAAUAAGACAGAGGAUUCUACAGUUGUUUACAGUCCUACAAGGUGCCACACUAUUGUCCACCCUCCAGCUAUACUUGUCGUGAUCAAAUCUGUCUGAAAGUAACUCUAGCUGCAUAUUUUUUAUUUUGAAGAGUGUUGACAUGUAAUUGUGGUGUUGCAACAAGACAACUUAAAAUGUGUUGUUCCAAAGAAGAGUGUAUUAA